AUGCAGAAACUCAUUGCUGCUCAACUUGGAGUUCAGAGGAUCACGGCCUUCUGGAGUGGUGCAGAUUUUUGUAAGGACCAAGCCAACCAUCUACAGGCCUUGAAAGGCAUCAUUUCCAAGUAUGAAGAAGAGAAGGAAAGGCUCUGCACACGAUAUGAACAUCUGAGAAAGAAAGAAAGGAGUCUGAUAUCUGAGCAUGAGAAAGCUUGUACUGAUAAAAUUGCUAAACUGAAAGAGUCCUUGAAAAAGAAGAAGCAGGAUGACAGAACUUUCAGCGUUCUGAGAAAGACUCUUGGCUCAUUUCUGGACAAUACUUCAGACGAGGACAUCCCGGUUGAUGAUUGA